AUGGAUCACACAGAUAUGGAAGAAGGAAAUCUGACAAGAGAUGAACUUUCCCAUGCCCCAGGCAAUGGUGACCAAUACCCUGGAAAACCUGAACUGAAAAUCAUCCUUGUUGGUAAAACUGGAGCUGGGAAAAGUGCAACAGGGAACACCAUCCUGGGCCAGAGAGUGUUUGACUCCAAACUCAGUGUGAAGCCAGUAACUGAGAAAUGUGUUAAAGGGAGCAGGAGCUGGAAUGGGAGGGAGGUGGUGGUGGUUAUCGAUACUUCUGCCAUUUUGGACACAAAGGUACCUGAUGAAGAAACCUCCCGUGAGAUCUGUCGCUGUAUUGUGCUCUCCUCUCCAGGCCCCCAUGCCCUGGUGCUGGUGACCCAGCUGGGCCGUUUCACUGAGGAAGACAAGGACGCAGUGCAGCGAGUGCAAGAGAUUUUUGGAGCUGAGGUAAUGAAACACGUCAUUAUCUUAUUCACCCGAAAGGAAGAUUUAGGGGAUGGCUCAUUGAGUGACUACGUAACACAUCCAGAUAACAGAGAUCUUCAAAGGCUAAUUGAUAAGUGUGGGAACCGAUACUGCGCUUUCAACAACAAAGCAACAGGAACAGAACAGGAUGCCCAGGUUGAGGAGCUGAUGGGACUGAUGGAAAGAAUGGAACAGAAGAAUGGAGGCCGAUAUACAAAUGAGACUUACCAAUAUGUUGAGAAGAUGCUCCAAUUAAAAAUGGAUGAGUUACAGAAAAUGUACAGAGAAGAGAUGGAAAGAAAGAGAGAAGAAAUAAUACAGUGCUUUUCGGAGAAGUGUAAGAAGAUAAUGGAAGAGUCAAACCUGAGAGAAGAGGAAUUAAAGGAAAAACUUGAAAAACAGGAGAAGGUUAAAGAAGAUGCUUUCCUGCAGCUGAAGCACAUGAAACAAAAAGAAAUGGAAGCCAUGGAGCAAAAGCUGCUGAAAGAGUUGGAAGGAAUACAGAAAUGUUAUGAGGGAAAACAAAAACAAAUCAGAGAAGAAGCUGAGAAUAGUCAUAGCAUAGUGAGUGCGAUUUGGAAUCUGUGUCUUUGGGUAUAUUCAUGUUUGCCAGGCUGGGAUACAUUUGGCAAUUAUAUUCCAUCUUGGUGGUAAAUGAAUUAUGUUUCUUUGCAUUUCCCCCUGUGGUUUAAUCUGAUUUGUUAUUAAUGAGGUUUCACCCCAUUGUGAUUCUAGAGUCUCUGAAGUGUCAUGUCUAGUUCUUCUGUUAACUUCACAGUCAGAGUAGCAUGGGACAACUGAAUAAGCAUGAAUAAAAUCAUCCAUAAAUAUGUAUUUCUUAUUAUGCGGAAAUGGAAAUAUCUCAGUCAGUCAGAGAAUAGGGAUGCUGUCCUGUCACUGAAGUGUACCUACAUUUUUUCCUAAUUAUGAAAUACCCUACUCUGUGAUUGGUUAUGGGUAAGUUAUUUCCAUAAUCAUUCUAUAGUUAUUUCUCAUUAACAGUAUUAAACAAAUCCCUGCACUAAUUGGCUAAUAAUGAUGAUCAGUCAAUUGAUUUGACAUAAUAUUUCAUGAAACUCUGCUGAAAAAAACAAUAAUACUAUUCAAAAUCAUUGUUGCCAAUAUUAGCUGAAUUAAAAACUGGUUAACGGAUCACAAGAUUUAACUCUACAUAAGGAAUCAUCAUCCUUGGUCGUGUUUCUAGUAGAAUUCUACAGGGAUCUGUUCUUGGCCCAGUGCUAUACAGUAACAGUAUCUUUUUAAUUGAUUUAGAAAUAGUGCUGGUAAAAUUAGCAGAUGACACAAAAGGUGGUGGACUGACAAAUAAUGAUACUGGAUUAGAGAGUACGCUUAUAAAAUUUGCAAAUGACACUGAGCUGGGAAAGGUUACAAGCACUUUAGAGGACAGGUUUAAAAUUCAAAAUGACCUUGAGAAAUUGGAGAAUUGGUCUGAAUUCAACAAGAUGAAAUUCAAUAAAAAUAAAGACAAGUGCAAAGUACUUCACUUAGGAAGGAAAAAUCAAAUGCACAGCUACAACAUGGGGAAUAACUGUUUAGGUGGUAGUAGUGCUGAAAAGGAUCUGGGCGAUUAUAGUGGAUCACAAACUGAACGCGAGUCAGUAAUGUGACACAGCUGCCAAAAAGGCUCAUGCGAUUCUGGGGUGUAUUAACAGGAGGGUCAUAUGUAAGACACAGGAAGUAACUGUCCUGCUCUACUCAGCACUGGUGAGGCCCUAGACGGAGUCCUGUGUCCAAUUCCG